GACCAGGGCCAGCAUCCGAAGUGCCAAGCGAGGACCCAGGGCCUACUUCCACCGCAAGGAGCGUCUCCUACGCAUCUACAUCCGCCGCAUGGUGAAGACCCACACCUUCUACUGGACUGUGCUGGGCCUGGUGGCCCUCAACACCAUGUGUGUGGCUAUCGUCCACCACAACCAGCCUCUCUGGCUGUCCACCUUCCUCUACUAUGCUGAGUUCCUCUUCCUGGCUCUGUUCCUGACUGAGAUGUUCCUGAAGAUGUACAGCCUGGGGGCCAGACUCUACUUCCACUCCUCCUUCAACUGCUUCGACUGCAGUGUGAUCGUGGGCAGCAUCUUCGAGGUCUUGUGGGGGUUCUUCAGACCUGGAACCUCGUUUGGCAUCAGUGUGUUGAGGGCACUGCGUCUCCUCCGGAUCUUCAAGAUCACCAAGUACUGGGCCUCGCUACGCAACCUGGUGGUGUCUCUGAUGAACUCCAUGAAGUCCAUCAUCAGCCUCAUCUUCCUCCUCUUCCUCUUCAUCGUGGUGUUCGCCUUGCUCGGCAUGCAGCUGUUUGGCGGCAGGUUCAUCUUCGAAGACUACACUCCCACCAACUUUGACACCUUCCCGGCCGCCAUCAUGACAGUGUUCCAGAUCUUGACGGGCGAAGACUGGAACGAGGUCAUGUACAACGGCAUCCGUUCCCAGGGAGGGGUGAAGUCUGGGAUGUGGUCGUCCAUCUACUUCAUCGUCCUCACACUGUUUGGAAACUACACACUGCUGAAUGUCUUCUUGGCCAUCGCCGUCGACAACCUUGCCAAUGCACAGGAACUGACAAAGGACCAGGAGGAGGAGGAAGCAGCGUUUAACCAGAAGCAUGCUCUCCAGAAGGCCAAGGAAGUUGGCCCCAUGUCCUCCAUGAUGUCUUCAGAGGGAAGCCGGAGAAGACGGCCUUACCUGUACAGGAAGCGAGCCAUCCACCGCAGCCGGCCAGCCUAUUCCCUGGAGGAGCCCCCAGUGGGCCUGCUGGACGGGGUGGCCCUGCCGCCCCUCAACCCCUCUAACUCUUUCAUGUCCAGGAGGGAGAGGAGGAGGAGGAUGACCAUGUCAGUGUGGGAGCAGCGCACCAGUCAGCUGAGGCGACACCGUCAGAUGUCCAGCAGGGAGAUCCUCUACACCUGCCCCAGCGAGGAACAGGACGCGCCCCCCUCCGACGCCACCGAUGCCACGGGACAGCCCCUCCCCGUCGCCCUCCCCCUGCAGCGCACGGCCUCUCGCACCCCCACAGGCAGCCUCCGAGGACAGGCCGACGCUCCGUCAGCUAAGACCGGCGCGCCCCAGCAGGACCCGCCCAUGCCCAUGGACAUGCCCCUAGAGCCCUCGCUGUCUGCGGGCAUCCUGGACGCCCCCAUUCUGGCCCUGGUGCCGGAGCCUCCAGGAACGGUGGACCUGCCUCCGCCGGAGCCCCCCGUGGCCCUCCCGGGGCCCCCGGACUCGGACCCCCUCCCCGAGGCUCUCCCCAGUCACCUCCACCCUCUCAGCGGGAGGCUGAACGGCGAGAGGAGACAGAGGGCCGUGAGGAAGUUCCGCCCCCCUCCUAACGGCGACUCGCUGACCCCGGACGCGGGCGGGAGGGGCAGGGGCAGGAGGACGCGUCGCCGCGGCAACGACCCCCAGGCCGAGGUCAGGGGUGAAUCGUCGUCUCCCGGGGAGGAGAGCCGCUCGCUCAGUCGCUCCAGGAGCAGGGAGAGGAGGAGGAGUCCUGAAGAGGACGAGAAGGAGAGGAGGAGGAGUCCUGAAGAGGAGGAGAAGGAGAGGAGGAGGGAGAUAGAGAGCGAGGCUGGUCAGUGUGGAGGGACCAGGGAGGAGAGAGGACAGGGAGGCCGCACACAACCUGGGGAACCCAACAGGGAGGAGCCUCUCCGCUCAGACCCGCCCACCUUGCAGCUGACUCCGCCCCCCGCGGGGGAGAUCCCGGAAGGCUGUCCGGGGGAUGUCGUCGUGGCAACAGCGGGGGAAAACCAGGACAAGCCCCUCCCCCUGAGUUCGAGCGUUGUCAUAGAGGUGCCGAACACCCAACCCUGUCUGGAGCUGACAACAAUCAAAGGUCCCUUUAAGGAUGCCGAGGCGUCCGAGCCAGAGAAGGAGGACGAGGAGCGGGCCGAUCCAGAAAUCCCGGUGACCCCAGACAGCAUGUUCAUCUUCAAACCUGGCAACCCUGUGCGGCGGGUUUGUCAUUACGUGGUGAACCUGCGCUACUUUGAGAUGUGUAUCCUGCUGGUCAUCGCUGCCAGCAGCAUCGCCCUGGCCGCAGAGGAUCCUGUGGCCACCAGUUCUGACUGGAACAAGGUCCUGCGGUAUUUCGACUACGUUUUCACGGGAGUCUUCACCUUCGAGAUGAUAAUAAAGAUGAUCGACCAGGGUCUGAUCCUACAUGACGGCUCCUACUUCCGAGACCUGUGGAACGUUCUAGACUUUGUUGUCGUAAUCGGAGCGCUGGUGGCCUUCGCCCUAACGUGAGUCAUGUGGAACAACAAAGGUCGUGACAUCAAGACCAUCAAGUCUCUGAGAGUGCUGCGUGUCCUCAGACCCCUCAAGACCAUCAAGAGGCUCCCCAAGCUCAAGGCGGUGUUUGACUGCGUGGUCACCUCGCUCAAAAACGUCUUCAACAUCCUCAUCGUCUACAAGCUCUUCAUGUUCAUCUUCGCCGUCAUCGCCGUGCAGCUCUUCAAGGGGAAGUUCUUCUACUGCACCGACGGCUCCAUGGACACUGAGAAGGACUGCCAGGGUUUCUACAUCGACUACGGGAAGGACAAGAAGGAGGUUAAGAGGCGGGACUGGAAGAGGCAUGAGUUCCACUACGACAACGUGGUGUGGGCCCUGCUCACCCUGUUCACCGUGUCCACGGGAGAGGGCUGGCCGCAGGUCCUGCAGCACUCGGUGGACGUGACGGAGGAGGACAGGGGCCCCAGCCGGGGGAACAGGAUGGAGAUGUCCAUCUUCUACGUCAUCUACUUUGUGGUGUUCCCCUUCUUCUUCGUCAACAUCUUCGUGGCCCUCAUCAUCAUCACCUUCCAGGAGCAGGGAGACAAGAUGAUGGAGGAGUGCAGCCUGGAGAAGAACGAGCGUGCGUGUAUAGACUUUGCCAUCAGUGCCAAGCCCUGACCCUCCCCGCUACAUGCCCCAGAACGGCACACCUUCCAGUACCGGCUCUGGCACUUUGUGGUUUCGUCUUCUUUCGAGUACACUGUACUGGCCAUGAUCGCCCUCAACACUGUGGUCCUGAUGAUGAAGUAUUACUCCGCCCCUCCAGCGUACGAGGCGGUGCUGAAGCACCUGAACACGGCCUUUACCGUGCUGUUCUCUGUGGAGUGUGUCCUCAAGAUCAUGGCCUUUGGCUUCCUGAACUACUUUCGAGACACCUGGAACAUAUUUGACUUCAUCACUGUUUUGGGCAGCAUUACCGAGAUAGUGGUGGACUUGCAGUCCAUCGACACGAUCAACAUGAGCUUCCUCAAGCUGUUCCGGGCGGCUCGUCUCAUCAAGCUGCUGAGGCAGGGCUACACCAUCAGGAUCCUGCUGUGGACCUUCGUACAGUCCUUCAAGGCUCUGCCCUACGUGUGUCUACUGAUCGCCAUGCUCUUCUUCAUCUACGCCAUCAUCGGCAUGCAGGUGUUUGGGAACAUCAAACUGAACGAGGAGACCCACAUUAACCAGCACAACAACUUCAAGACUUUCUUUGGAGCUCUGAUGCUCCUCUUCAGGAGUGCUACGGGGGAGUCGUGGCAGGAGAUCAUGCUGUCGUGCCUGGGGGGUCAGAGGUGUGAGCGGGACUCCUCCAUCGCUGUCCUGACCUCCGACCUGGAGGGGGCAGUCUGUGGGACGGACUUCGCCUACUUCUACUUUGUCUCCUUCAUCUUCUUCAGCUCAUUUCUGAUGCUGAACCUGUUCGUAGCGGUGAUCAUGGACAACUUUGAGUAUCUGACCAGAGAUUCAUCCAUCCUUGGUCCACAUCACCUGGAUGAGUUUGUCAGGAUCUGGGGAGAGUACGACAAGGCCGCCUGUGGUCGUAUACAUUACAAUGACAUGUAUGAGAUGCUGAGCAACAUGUCGCCACCUCUAGGCCUGGGAAGGAAAUGCCCCUCCAAACUGGCAUAUAAGAGGCUGGUGCUCAUGAACAUGCCCGUGGAUGAGGAGAUGUCGGUCCAUUUCACCUCCACCCUCAUGGCUCUGAUACGAACCGCCCUGGAGGUCAAGAUCGCCCGAGGAGGGGAGGACCGGGGUCAGAUGGACAUCGACCUGCAGAAGGAGAUCAGCGUGAUCUGGCCACACCUCUCUCAGAAGAACCUCGACCUCCUCGUCCCCAUCCACAAAGCCAGUGACAUGACCAUAGGAAAGAUCUAUGCAGCCAUGAUGAUCAUGGACUACUACAAGCAGAGCAAGGCCAAGAAACUGAGGCAGCAACUGGAGGAACAGAAACACGCCCCUAUGUUCCAGCGAAUGGACGCCUCCUCCCUGCCUAUGGACAUCCUGUGCAGUGCCAAAGCCAUGCCCUUCCUCACACACAGUGCCAGCUCGGCCCUGACCAGAGGAGGCUUCGUGGCCCUGAGUCCCGUCUCUCCUCAGGAGGAGUUCUUGCAGCCCCCCUGCCACCCCCACCACGCUCUGGAGCAGGAGGACUACCACCUCCACGGCAACUACCACCACCACCACCCCCACACACACCACCACCACCCGCACACGCUGGUGCCUGAGGUGAAGCAGUACAGUCGUGUGCAGCCCCAGUCCAGCAGGCAGGACAGCGGCCCCGGGGGCCCCGGGGGCCCCGGGGGCCCCGGGGGCCGGACAGCCUCCAUCAGAGCCUCCUCCAUGCCCAGGCUGGACCCUCAGGCGGGGAGUGACAGUAAGAUGAUGAAGCGAUCCUUCUCCACUAUUGGAGAUCAGUGUGUGAACGGGCUGUGGCUGGAGGAGCACUCCCUGCAGAGGGUCAGCCCCGACAACACCUACAGACCCAGGCAGAAGAACUACAGGGGUGCCCGAGCCAAUCACAGGGAGCCGGGCAUGGAGCGCGGACGUUCCAAAGAACGGCGCCACCUGCUGUCUCCUGACGUGUCGCGCUGCAACUCAGAGGAGCGCAGCCAGGACCAAUCAGAAGAGAGGAGGCCGUCCCACUCGCCCAGCGAGGGGGGCACGCGGCCGGUCCACAGACAGGCCAAUGCCUCGGGUAGCCCCGCCCAUUCCAGUUCUGAGUCCGGCACCCCUCGUGGGCGUCGCCAGCUGCCCCAGACGCCUUCCAGGCCCCGCCCCCACAUCUCCUACUCCCCACUGCUCUGCCGAGCGCCACCCUCACCACCCGCCCCCCUGCAGGAGCCCCUGGGGGGGGGCCCUGUGGAGCCAGCCUGGACGGGGGAGGACGGAGGGGGCCCCAUGGCCUCCCCUGCCCCGGGCCCGGCUGUGGCGGUGAUGGGGUUAGGGCUGGGUCAGGGGUCAGGGGUCGCCCAUUCCUCCCCGCUCCGCUACAUCUCGGAGCCGUACCUGGCGCUGCAUGAGGACUUCCCCGGCGAGGCCGCCGCCGCCGCCGCCCUGCAGGACACGCUCACCUUCGAGGCCGCCAUGGCGACCAGCCUGGGGCGGGCCAACGCCAUAAGCUCCGCUCCCCAGCUCAGACACACCUGGCAGGUACCCAACGGUCACUUCCGGAAGCGUCUGGGGCAGGCCGGCUCGGUGGCGGCCUGUGAGCUGCACAGCGACACGGACGAGGAUGAUCGUUGUUAGGAGGAGGAGGAGGGGGG